UCUCUCUCUCCCACUCUGCUUGUCUGAUUGAACUUCCAUCUAUCCUCUUACCCCACAAGUUCUGUCCGGUUCCUAUUUUCAGCGGCAGAAUAUCGAUCCAUUGUGAUUCUGACAUCCUCCCGACAUUGAGUUAUACUUUUCUUCGGAUACCCGUUGUGCGUGGCUAAACAUACGGUUAACUGCCCAACCGCACGGAUCCUGCAACCUUCUGCAAGCUUAAGUACACUUUAAUUUGCCGUCAUCAUGGCUGACGGAGAGGAGGACUUCUCCUCUCUCCCAUUGCCCGAACGGUUCACGCACAAGAACUGGAAAGUGCGUAAGGGAGGGUAUGAAGAUGCCAAACAACAGUUCGAGAAAUCCCCAGAUGAAUCAGAUCCCGUUUUCACACCGUUUAUCCAAGACGCGGGCCUAUGGAAAGGCGCUGUCGCAGAUUCCAAUGUCGCGGCCCAACAAGAUGGCCUCGCGGCCUACUGCGCUUUCUUAAAAUUCGGAGGUGUUCAGGCUUGCACAAGGUCUCGCGCUACCACAGUUUUUCCCAUUGUAGAAAAGGGUCUUCCCUCCACGAGGCCGGCAGCAAAGACAAACGCUCAAGAAGCUCUUCUACUAUUAGUCGAAUUAGAUAAGGCGGAUCCCGUGAUCGAAGAGAUGCUGCCUGGGCUAUCACACAAGGUACCCAAGGUUAUUGCUGCGACAUUGACUGGCUUGAGAACAAUUUAUCACAACUUUGGAUGCAAGAUUGUCGAUCCCAAGCCGGUCCUUAAGACCCUGCCCAAGGUCUUCGGACAUGCAGACAAGAACGUUCGCGCGGAAGCGCAAAGUCUCACAGUGGAAAUGUACCGGUGGCUGAAAGAGGCCAUUAAACCUCUUUUCUGGGGCGAACUAAAGCCAGUCCAGCAGACCGAUUUAGAGAAACUCUUCGAAAAUGUCAAACAAGAGUCGGCACCGAAGCAAGAGAGAUUAACUAGAGCCCAGCAAGACGCGAUGGCCGCCGCCAGCGCAGCUCCUGAAGAUGGUGAAGGCGAAGACGGCGGUGAAGAGUACGGGGAGGAAGACGGUGGGGAGGUUGAUGCUUUUGACCUCGCGGAACCUGUUGAUGUGAUGCCUAAAGUUCCGAAAGACCUACACGAGCAGCUAUCAUCAUCGAAGUGGAAAGACCGGAAGGAGGCACUGGAUGCUCUGCAUUCAGCACUGAACGUCCCAAGAAUCAAGGAUGGGCCAUUCGACGAUAUUGUACGCGCGCUAGCCGCUCGCAUGAAAGACGCUAACAUUGCGGUUGUGACCGUCGCUGCCAACUGUGUCGACUUACUCGCUAAAGGCCUUCGGAACGGAUUCGGCAAAUAUCGCUCAAGUAUCAUGGCUCCUAUGCUGGAGCGCCUGAAGGAGAAGAAGCAGAGCGUUGCAGAGGCUCUGGGCCAAGCCUUAGACUCGGUCUUCGCAUCGACUACAUUGACAGAUUGCUUGGAGGAGAUUCUUGAGUUUUUGAAGCAUAAGAAUCCGCAAGUGAAGCAAGAAACCCUCAAAUUCCUUAUCCGUUGUCUUCGUACCACCAGGGACGUGCCCUCGAAAGCGGAGGUCAAGUCGAUUGCUGAAGCGGCUACUAAGCUUCUCACUGAAUCCAGUGAGGUCAACCGAUCGGGAGGAGCUGAAAUCCUUGGGACAUUGAUGAAGAUCAUGGGUGAGCGAGCGAUGAACCCGUACCUUGAAGGCCUCGAUGAUAUCAGGAAGACGAAGAUUAAGGAGUUCUUUGAUACGGCAGAGGUCAAAGCGAAAGAUAGGCCUAAGCCUAUUGUUGGUGCCCCCAAGGCUGUUCCGGCGGCUGGUAAAAAGGUCGUCGGUGGGAAAAAGCCAGCAUUGGGAAUGAAAAAGCCCGCUCCAGCUGCGGCACCGCCACCAUCUGAAGAACCAGCACCAGCUCCCUCACCCCCUAAGAAGACUGUACCAUCGAGAUUGGGCGGUCCUAAGGCUGGUGGACUUCCCGGACCAGGUUCUGGUCUCAAGAAAAAGCUGGGUGGUCCCGGAGGUAUAGCCUCGCCACAACGACGAGUUGUUUCUCCUCCCGAGGAGCAACCCGCGGCUCCUGCUGCCCCCAAGUUUGGUCUUGGUAGAGGACUUGCAGGCCGUCCUAUCGCCAAGCCAGCCGCUCCUCGUGAGCCUUCGCCUCCACCAGCGGCGCCUCCACUGACCGGAAUGUCGGCUGUUGAGCGGGCUGAGCUAGAGGAAUUGCGUCUCGAACAGGAGAAGUUUACCCGGUUGGUUGAAGAUUUGAAGUCAGAGAGGUCCAAAUUGAAGUCUCAAGUGACAGAACUUCAGGAUCAGAACGCACAACUCAUUGAAGAUCAUACGAGGGAUGUUCUGAGUAUCAAGGCCAAGGAAACCCAACUGGUUAGGGCUCGGAGUGAUGCAGAGACCGCAGAACAGACCGUUCAGAAACAGCAGCGGGAAAUUGACCGUCUGAAACGUGAGUUGGCUAGGGCCCUUCGUGCUAGCGCUAUCAGCCCGCCCAACACUCUACCAGAAGGGAUUGGCAUGUCAUAUGGAGACGCCGGAUCAGUUUAUCAAGACGCAGCUAGCAAUGGCCACGGUCCUUUAGCACGUGGCUACCACAUGGGUUCACGAUUCGAGAGCUCAAGACCGAGGAGUUAUGCUUCAGCCAGCCCAAGUGAAGAAAAGGAGAACAGUGGUCUGGAAUCUCCAGGCCUGGGCAGCAGAGAUAGUCUCGGCCGACGGAAGCUAAGCCCUACAUUUGGCACCAGUUAUUCUGGAAUGGGUAGUCCCACACGGUCUCCAAUGUUGGGUUCUAGCAAUGCUUCAGGAGAUGACCAGCCGACAAGAAGUACAGAGCCAGCGGAGAACUGGAAGCGAGCUGCCGAGGUGACGAGCCAGCUUAAAGCAAGGAUAGAACAGAUGAAGGCAAGGCAAGGACUCACGCGACCACCUGCCCAACGCUAACGACUCAACGAAUUCAUGUUUCCUCCUCCGACCCUCUUUAAUCCUAUCCCCUUUCUAUAUCAUCUCCCUAUUGCGUUCUUGUUGUUUUAAAUACGGUUUGGCGG